AAAAAAACAGGAUACCGUGGGAAAGAGAAAAAAGCGCAGCAGUCAUCGAUCGAUUUCUUGAAAAUGUCCAUUGGGGAAAGGGGGUGUAGGGGAGAAAAUCACUUGUCUUAUCCGGCCAGAGAAAGAUGGUGCUGUCGAUCACAGACAGGGUUGACGUCGAGUUGACAGGAGAAUUGGGCUUGCAGCUUGGUCGUCACUCCGUAUGCUCGUACGUCAUGUCCAAUGGUCGUCGCGCCAGUCUGUUGGGGUCGCAAAACUGGCACUGCAGCUUGCGCAUGGAGCAUCGUAUCUGCUACUGCGAAGCGAAAAGCUUCAGUUUCGUAUCAACAACGUUUGCGUCGGGCAUCUCAUCUCGUAGCUUUUCGAGGGCUGACACAGUCGCAUGCGGCCAAACAAGCGGCUCCGUUGUGUCUUGCCCCCGUCCAGCUGGUCCUUGUCUUGUAUCGUACCUGUGGCAUUCGCUAGCUAGCCCGGCCCUCGUACAAGUCAUGUCUGGUGCUGUACUCGUACUCCGUACUGUACACACUCCGUACCAUCGCAUCCCAGCAUCCCAGCCUGGUCAAGCUUUUUGCCUCAUGGCCAUGUGGGGUCAGGCGGAGUCCCAGGGUUUGGGUCUGGGGAGACGGUCGAGCGGCUUCUUCUCGCAUGGCCGCCCGGAUUCAACGAUCCCUCCGCAAAAGUCGAGAUCCUCGGUGCCAUGUGCGUGGAGAGCAAACGGGGGAAUUCAGCGAUCGACAGAGCCUGCUGGUUAGUCAAGACGUCAUCAGCAAAGGGGUUCACUUGUGUUUUUUUCUUUUUCUUUUCUUUUUCUUCGUCUGUUCCCUCGCUGGCUGGCAUCCCCUUGUAGCUGUGGCUGCCCCCGUGGCCUCCCGAGACUUUUUCUUCUCUGGUCAAA